AUCUCACUAAAGACCUAAUUCCCUGUAAUGUGAGUCAAAUUGAUAUGGUAAGAAGCUUAAGUAUAAACUCAUGGCUCGGUUUCAAACGAGGAGAAGAUGCCAACAUGCAAUUAAAAAAAAUUAAGAAGACUUCCGAGGAAAGAAGCUGACAAUUCCAAUCAAUGUUUUUCAACACGGCUAAUGAAGAAAGUCUAAAUGCGUUCAAACACUUUGGACAGACAGAACAUGCAAAGUAGACAGAUAUCAGAUAUAAAAUUCAUUUUGCAUCUUAUCCCUUCACGUUUUCUAAGAAAAACCAUUACCAUCCCCACCAUAUAAAAAUGAUUAUAGUCUAUAGAAACAAAACCCAGCUUUCAUUUUAUUAAGAACAAGGCCAGCUGCUGUUUUAAUUUGAUUUUGAUCACCAUGGCCAGGUAUCAGUUACUUCCUCAAUUUAAUACCCAUCAGGUUUCUGACUUUCCCAUCUCUCAGAUCUCAAUUCCUUCAGAAUUCCUCAGUGAAGCUGUGUUUGCAGGAGGUAACUUUUGGGGUCUUGAAGCUGCUUUUGGGCGUGUAGAGGGAGUCAUAAGAACCGCCACUGGCUAUUGUGGAGGAACCCUUAGAAAACCUUCAUACAGAGAGGUUUGUGAAGGAAAAACAGGCCACACUGAAGCUGUAAAAGUCAUUUAUGAUAAGAGAAAGGUCUCAUUCAGAUCACUCUGUGAUUUCUUCUGGGAAUUCCAUGAUUGCACCAACAAAGACUACCUUAAUUUUGGACUUACCACACACCAAAGGUCAGCAAUCUUUUACAACAGAGAAGAAGAGAGAAAGCAUGCCCAAGAGUCAAGGAUCAGGUGGCAGAUGAAAUUGAACAAGAGGAUAGUGACAAAAGCCAUCCCUUUUAAAUCUGAAUUUUAUAUGGCAGAAAACCAACACCAAAAAUACUACUUGCAGAAGAAUUAUAGGCUUUGUGAAAGCUUGAAUUUGAGAAGCACUGAGCAAUUUGUGGAGUCAAACAUUGCUUGCAAACUCAACGGUAUAUUAGCUAUGGAAGCGAGGUCAACUAUUGAUAAGCUGACGACAUUUUUGCAAACAAAGGAGAUGAUGACAUUGCAAGAGGAAACCAGGUUAGUAUGCAAAGAAAUAAUAGAAGUCCUUAGAAGAGAUCAUGAAGAUGGGAAGUCUCAAAAAUUUUGAAGAUCAUUAAUAUAAUCGUUAAUGUAGCUCGAAUUAUAGUGUAAUG